UUGUCAGUCGAUGAGAUAUUUUCAAACGGUAAACAUAUACACGCAAUGCCAUUAGUGUAGGCUACGAAAAACAAAUACACAAACGAAAUAGACCAACCGCAACUCAAGGCAAUUGCAAAACAGGCAUAUCGGAUUACCAUCAAAGACAAGACUAAAAAGUUUAACGAUUUUUCACGGAAGUUAGUUAAGCGUUUUCUUUUUUGUUUGCCCAAAAUGAGUAUUGAACGUUUAAGGAUACGACCAUUACACCCGGCAUUACAGGAAAUAGCCAUUAAGGAACUGAAUGAAGUGCCGCAACGUCUGAGCGAAGAUAUUGCCGCUCUAAGGGAUUGGAUAUUGAAACAACCUCAUUUGCGAGCCUGUACAGAUGAUCAGUUUCUAUUGGCUUUUCUUCGUGGUACCAAAUUUAGUCUGGAGCGAGCCAAAGAAAAGUUUGAUCGUUUCUACACAUUGCAGGCGUCAAUUCCAGAGGUUUUCAACGAAAAACGUUUGGCUACAGAUCCCUUGACCUUGGAUAUUAUACGAAUGGGUAUUAUUUUACGUAUACAACGAGAUGCUGAUGAUGCAGGACCAUGUGUGACCAUUAUACGUGCUGGUUCUUAUGAUACGAGAAAAUAUAAAUUUCAGGAUAUCAUACGAGUGGGCUCAAUGUUUGGAGAAAUUAUGAUGUUUGAGGAUGAGAAUGCUACAGUUAGUGGUUAUAUAGAGAUCAUGGAUAUGGCUGGCAUCACGGGAACACAUCUUUUUGCCCUUCAGCCGCAAUUGCUAAGCAAAUUUUCAACUUAUGCCGAUGAAGCAAUGCCAACACGUCAGAAAGGGAUACACUUCAUCAAUGUACCAUCGGCGUUUGAGACUGGUUUCAAUUCCUUGCGUGCCUUAUUUCCUGCUAAAAUUAAAUCACGUAUCUCUGUAAGCUCUGAUCCAGAUGCAAUCUUUGAUAUUGUACCUCGUGAAUAUUUACCCAAAGAGUAUGGUGGAUAUCGUGGCACUAUGCGGGACAUUAGUCUAGAGAUGGAAGCAAAACUACUGAGUUAUGGUCCUUACUUUGCCGCCUCUCAACACUUUGGGUCAGAUGAAAAAUUACGCGAAUUCGGUGAUCAUGCAAGGAGUAAACAGCGUUCUUCCUUUGGUACUGUGGGUUCAUUUCGAAAAUUGGAAAUUGAUUGAUCAACAAUCUACUAAAAAUGCGAACAAUGGAUUAAAAAUUUAAGUAUAAGUGAUAAUUAUUGAUUAUUUAUGUGGUUAAUCUUAUCAGAAAAGGUGGCCAAAGUAGGUGAAGCAAAACUUAAUUUGGGUUGUAACCAUAAUUUUGCGUUAUGCAUUGUGCAUGAAACGUUUUUCCAAGGUCAAUAUCGAACCAAGUUUAGAUCUUUUGCUUUGACGUUGCAGUUUUUAAAUGUCGUUAUAUUACAUGAAAUGUAAAAUAUUUAAAAUC